UGCCAAAUCACCGUAAGUAACGUUUACAUACGCACGAAUUCCACUGCUUGUGAAUUAAGCAGGUGUUGGUUGUAAUAUGUGGCGUUACCAAUGAUAAGAGCUUUCGACAGGACACAUAUUCAUUCACUUUCUUAUAAUAUAUCUUGAUAAUAGGGUCUUCUGAUUGAAGAAGGAAUAAUGUUACCACUUGCAUUCAUCGUGGCUGUACUCUUAGUCCACAAGGCGUCGACAUCUCCUGAUUUGAAAGGCGAUGUUCUGACUGAAGCGCUUAUACGUGAGAUUGUUUCAUCUUUCAUGGAAACAGAGGGAAAUGAUUGCAGAUCUUUAUCAAAACAUGUUGCUGAUUUGAGUAAAGAAAUGAAACAGCAAAGUAAAAAAAUGCACGAUAUGGAAUCACUUAUUGCUAAACAAUCUAACGAUAUCAGAGAAUUAAAACAUAAGCUCGGUAUAAUUGAAGAGGAGAAUGAACGUUUACGUUGGUUAUUCAAUGAGGAAAACGGAGAAGAUAACACAACGAAGCAGAAUGAUGGUCUUACCAACAUUGAAAGUAAUAUACCUCCUCGUGAUGUCGAUGAUUUCCAUAUUAAAUCAAGAGGUGUUGAGGACAAAGACGUACACAAAUAUUCGAUAAGUCAAAAAACAAGAGCAAGUUCUACGGAAUUUGUAGCAUUUACGGCAUAUUUAGAUCAUCCGCUUACGGGUUUGAAUCCAGGGAUGACAAUCAAAUGUAAUAGAAUAAUUACUAAUCAUGGAAAUGUCUAUAACACAUUUACCGGUAUAUUUACGGCUCCAGUGUCUGGGAUAUAUUUCAUAACAUAUACAAUUGAAUGUAACCAUAGGAAGACAAAUGUACAGUUAAUGAAGGAUGGUGUUAACAUUGUGGACGCCGUUGUACACGCUGAUCCAUAUUCCACAGAUUAUAGACAAGCAAUGUCCACAAAUAGUGCUGUGAUAGAAGUUACAGCUGGACAAUCACUUUGGCUUGAGACCAUUUAUGACAAUGACGCCGAACUUGUCAGUCUUGAGAAUUAUCGUUACGUAACGUUUACUGGAUUUCUGCUGUUGUGAUUCAACCCGACACGUUUAUUCUAUCUGUUAUGUUUAUAAAACAGAUGUUACAAUAAAAAAUAAAUUUUC